GAGCAGGAACCCCGAAACCCACGCCCCGUCACGCUUCCGAUGGCGAGGUCCUCCGCCACCCGCCUGCUCUCCUCCAUCCGCUCCAAAACAAACACCAUCGUGCUGCUUAUCGAUGGAGGAGCUAUUCCUCCCUGUGCUGGGGGACGUAGGGGGAUGUCUACUGCUGCGAGAGCCAAGGAGGACAAGGAGGCUUGGUGGAAGGAGUCGCUGGAGAGGAUGCGGAACAUCGGGAUCUCGGCUCACAUCGACUCUGGGAAGACCACCCUCACCGAGCGCGUCCUCUUCUACACCGGCCGGAUCCACGAGAUCCAUGAGGUCCGGGGGAGGGAUGGUGUUGGAGCUAAGAUGGAUUCCAUGGACCUUGAGCGGGAGAAGGGCAUUACUAUUCAGUCCGCCGCCACGUAUUGUACCUGGAAUGGAUACCAGAUUAAUAUAAUCGAUACUCCAGGCCACGUGGAUUUCACUAUUGAAGUAGAAAGAGCUCUCCGUGUUCUUGAUGGCGCCAUUCUUGUUCUUUGUAGUGUUGGAGGUGUACAAAGUCAAUCAAUUACUGUUGAUCGCCAAAUGAGAAGAUAUGAAGUACCAAGGCUGGCAUUUAUAAAUAAGUUAGAUCGAAUGGGAGCUGAUCCAUGGAAGGUUCUAAAUCAGGCAAGAUCCAAGCUUCGGCAUCAUAGUGCAGCAGUUCAAAUUCCAAUUGGUUUGGAAGAGGAUUUUCAAGGCCUUGUAGAUCUUGUACAGUUGAAAGCUUAUUAUUUCCAUGGUGCAAAUGGGGAGAAUGUAGUUGCAUUUGAUAUUCCCUCAAAUUUAGAGGCAUCAGCUGUGGAAAAAAGACGUGAAUUGAUUGAAGUUGUCUCUGAAGUGGAUGAUCAACUGGCUGAAAUUUUUUUGAAUGAUGAACCUAUAUCACCCAGAGACCUUAAGAUGGCAAUCCGUAGGACAACAAUAGCACGUAAAUUUGUUCCAGUUUAUAUGGGAAGUGCAUUCAAAAACAAGGGUGUACAACCACUCCUUGAUGGAGUUCUAGACUAUCUACCCUGCCCUACUGAAGUUGAAAACCAUGCCCUUGAUCAAAACAACUCUGAAGAGAGGGUUUUGUUAUCCGGAACACCAGCUGGACCACUUGUUGCUUUAGCUUUCAAAUUGGAAGAAGGCCGCUUUGGUCAAUUGACCUAUCUUAGGAUCUAUGAAGGUGUCAUUAAGAAGGGUGAAUACAUUGUUAACAUAAAUACAGGGAAGAAAAUUAAGGUCCCUCGUCUAGUUCGGAUGCAUUCCAAUGAGAUGGAGGACAUUCAAGAAGCUCAUGCUGGGCAGAUUGUUGCGGUUUUUGGUGUAGACUGUGCAUCCGGUGAUACUUUCACUGAUGGCUCAGUUAGAUACACCAUGACAUCCAUGAAUGUUCCAGAACCAGUAAUGUCACUGGCUGUUUCACCUGUAUCUAAAGAUUCUGGGGGACAAUUUUCAAAGGCUUUGAAUCGGUUCACCAAGGAGGAUCCUACUUUCCGUGUUGGUUUGGAUGCUGAAAGUGGGCAGACAAUUAUUUCUGGGAUGGGAGAAUUGCAUUUGGAUAUAUAUGUUGAGCGCAUCAGGAGGGAGUAUAAGGUUGAUGCAAAAGUUGGAAAGCCCCGUGUUAACUUUAGGGAGACUGUCACCCAGCGUGCUGAAUUUGAUUAUUUGCAUAAGAAACAAUCAGGAGGUCAAGGUCAAUAUGGACGGGUUUGCGGGUAUGUUGAACCUCUUCCAAUUGGUUCAGCGACUAAGUUUGAGUUUGAGAAUAUGAUCAUAGGGCAAGCAAUCCCUUCCAACUUUAUCCCUGCAAUUGAGAAGGGUUUCAAAGAAGCCAGCAACUCGGGAUCAUUGUGCUUCACAUGCUGUAGAUUCCAGUGAGCUUGCUUUUAAGUUGGCGGCCAUUUAUGCAUUUAGACAGUGUUAUGCUGCGGCCAAGCCUGUCAUACUGGAACCUAUAAUGUUAGUUGAGUUGAAAGUGCCAACAGAGUUUCAGGGUACUGUUACGGGGGACAUUAACAAGUGAGUUUAUUUCUUUUUUCUGG